AUGCACUCUUGCAAUUUGUUGGAGAAGCUUUGCUCGGCCAUCUCCUUUCCGAGGAGCUCGCAGGAGCCUGUGCUUGCAGCAGAAGCACUGCCCUUCGAGCUGAUGCCGGAGAAUCCAGAUGUGGAAGUCAGCAGCAGCCUCUUGCCCUGGAAGUGCAUCCGCUUAUCUUGCUUGGCUCAGAUGGGAGUAUGGUUUAGCACCGUCUUGGUCCUCCUUUUUGACCCCAAGUAUUACGACUCGCCCAUCGCCCCCAGGGAGAUGUAUGACCCAAUGGUCCUGCAAGUUGUGCAGACAGACUGGCCGCACGACUUCUUUCGACCUGCAGCGCUGACCUGCAGUGCUGACGGCCGGCAUUUGAUGCUUGGCGACCAGUUCGCGAUCUUUCAGUCAGAUGUUGAGCUGCUAGGGGAGCACUCAAGCGAGUCCGUGGUAGAGCGCAUGGAGGAGGAGGCUAGCCGAAAUAGCACCCGUGAGACCAUCAGCCUGAGAACAAUCACCCUGGAGACUGCGGUGGCCACAACCGAGAUCCAUUUUUCCUUCAAGAGCUUUGGCUUUUUGCCUCACAAGAACAAGCUGCUUCUUCUGAAUCAAGGUGGCACGGAGGUCGCUGAAUACGCACUCCACGGACUCCAAAGUGGUAGCCACCGCUACGUGAAGACAUGGAGGCUAAGCCCAACAUUGCCACACAAGCGCCUUGAAAUCAUUCAGCCCGUCGAGGGAAAAGAGGCGCUACAAUGUGCAAGAGAUGGAUCUGGUUUUAUGAAUGCGGGAUGGAUCGUCUAUGCCGCAACAGACUCUGGACAGGUCAUUACGUUGUGUCCCACACAUCGACACGAGCUUCAUCCACUUCACAUGCUAAUCUCGCUCAGACGGCGCCGGCCAUCUCAGGAUGUGGUGGAAGUGGUGGAUUCUCACACAGGGACGACCAAGGCCUCGGCCCAGACAGUCAUCGGCGUGUAUCACGACUCCGAAACCGGAUAUAUUUGGCUACUGAAUACCAACACCGAAGGCAUGGCAGAGGUGGUCGUCUUCGAUGCUGACCGUGCAAAGGCCGAGUUAGAGUUGGCACGCAGAGCAUAUAGGCGGGCCCAUUGGUCGCUGGCCAUUGCCAUCCGGGCGCUGGUGGGUUCCCGGGAUAUGCAGCUCGUCUGCAUGAAGGCUGCAGUGGCUACAGAUCACAGCGUGGUGAUCGACUGCCGGCCUGCUGGUGGGACCGACGAGGACUAUCGGCUGGUUCCUUUGGAGAACUCGGUGUUUUGCCAGCCGGUGGAGCAUGGGCCGUGCCGCUUGGUCUACAACUUGCCAUUUCUCCAAGCCGAAAUACGCACACGGAAUGUGGUCAUGAACGACGUCUCUGCCGCCAGCAUCCCCUUCUUUGCUGUCCCCCCAAUGACCGUGCAGCAGGCCAAAGGGCCUGCCAUCGAGCUUGUUGAGGGCAAGGACCGCUCACAGUGCCACGUCGGUUCAUGA